CCGAGUUCUGAUGCUCGUGAGACAAUCUGGCGUAUUCAUCUGUAUUGAUCUAAUAUCUAUUCUCCAUAUGUUUGUUUGAUUCCCUCUCAGCUUCUUUAUCUUUCUGUUUUUUAGCACAGUUCAACGCAGACAAAACGGUCUCGCCCAUCAUGCCUCGAGCACCUCCUCCUUUCAUCGUCCUCAUUUCCGCCGUGGCUCUAUUUGUGUGGUAUGUCAUAUGGACGGCGAGUCCUCCUCGCGAUAUGUCGGCCUUUUCCUACUCGGACAAAUUUCAUGAAAAGCUCAAACCCAAGCUGUCACAACAUGUCGUACCCGUGGCGGACACAGAAGUAGUCCACGGCGACCAUGUGAUGGGGAAGCUCGGGAAUGAGACGCUGAAAGCCGAACUCGGUCGCGCGGCAUGGAAGGUCUUGCACACCACCAUGGCACGAUUCCCGGACACGCCGACCCAGGAUGAACAGGACGCCCUGAAAAAUUACCUCUUCCUCUUCGCUCGACUAUACCCGUGCGGCGAGUGUGCCGAACACUUCCAGAAGAUCCUCAAAAAAUACCCUCCGCAGACGUCCUCGCGGUCCAGUGCCGCCGCCUGGGCAUGCUUUGUACACAAUUUGGUCAACGAGCGCAAAGGAAAGCCGAUCUUUGACUGCGCCAACAUUGGCGACUUCUAUGACUGCGGUUGUGGUGACGAUGAAAAGGAGGCAAUGUCUGCUGCUGGCGCGAAGAGCAGUGCUGUUGCCGCUGGCAAGUCACCGAGACACGAAUCUGUAGAGAUCGAAGUGGAAGGACCGACAAGAGGUGGUUGAAGUGAUGGCCGUCUUCGGAUUCACAGCCGCUUGAAGAAGGCGAGUAUCCUCAAAACAGACCUCCAUACAACCAUCAGCACACUGCGGACAUAUUAGCGGACAAAGUGCGAGUCGGCGAGGACACUCGUUGAGAAGGGAGAUUCACACCUAUCCUUCUUGUUGACCCCACGAGUACUAUGUUCUGUGCUUUCGAUUCCCGUCGCCAGGAACGGGCUGCCUUCAUCAUCUUUUGCACGACAUGCACUUUUGGCCCUUUUCCUGGUUGUCAAGCGCAUCAUGAUCCGCUUGUAUAGACUCGGGUUCUUUUUGCAAGGGGUUCGAUUCAACGACUGGCCGUUUCCUAGAAUGGGUGGCUCGGCAGGGGUUUCUGGUCUCACGGAAUCAGAAGCAUUUCGUUCUUGGAAAGGGUGGAGGGAUCGGAAGCCGAUAUCGACAAAGCACACGGAUCGAACAUGCCAGACAUCGUCAAAGGCGGGCUCUGGGACCUGAGUGCGCAUGGCUUUUCUGCCACGAAGAGAGCAUUUCAUGCAUGGUUCCGUGAGUUGGAUCUUGACGUUCUUUACGACGCAGCCUCUAACGCCAGGCGAGUCACAAACUGUAUCGCGGAAUUUGGCCGUCGCCUCGUGUUGACAGAGGAACAUAUAUUGCCUGCUGGUGCACAUGUUUGAGCGUCUUUUUUUCCCCUUCUCUUUUCGACUGGGGGUGACGUUACGGCUCCGUGGUUUCCAGCCUUGUCGAUCGAUUUGUUAUUCGAGGUCGUCGCUAGUAAUGAUGAUGAUGUUUGAAUAUGAGAGAUCUGUUGAAAUCGUGGUCAAGAGCAGUGAAGGAACAACGAGUUUUCAUCAUUUUGGAAGAAACACAAAAUCUCUACAAUCAUCAUCGUGUUGUAGAAAAGAAUCAUGUGGCUCCCCAGGUCCUCAUCUUCAAGAGAGUCAAAUUUCAGGCUUUGAAGAGAAAAAGGCAACGAGGACGUGGUUCUUUGUCCUUAUUUGAUCAUCCAUUCCUUUUCGAACCGCUCCUCCUCAAAAAUAGGUUUCGACAAAGCCUCUUCGCCCAGUGCCAACAAAGAAAAGUGUUGUUCGUCCACUUGUUGGGGUUUUGUUUAGACUUUUUUCGUCUUCUCUUCUUUGUCUUCGAGUACAUGCCUUGGGUACAUACACGAUGGGGGGGGGGCUGCGGAGGAAACUGCUGAGCGACUUUGUUGUUUUGUUUCACGUAGUUGGCCCCCGGUUGAACCAUAAGAUGGGAAAAGCUUGGAGAGAGACAAGAAAGAAAAGAAAUGUCCCCACCGAGCGUGUUGACUCGCAAGGCACGCCUUUUUGAUACCUUGGUACCACUUUGAAAGAAAAAAUUAAGGCCUAAAAGAAGAAAGGAUCCGUGGUUAGUAGUGCGAGGACAUUCACAACAAGCUUCUGUGGAGUCAGGACGAGGCUGGAUCUUCCAAGGUUCAACGUUGUCAGUGAAUCGUCGGUUUGCCUUUGGGAAGACUGAAAGCUUGAACACCCAAGGGAGCAGACAGUGGGAAUUCCGUUGAAGAGAAAGAAAAAAGAGGUGGGUUGGUAUUUUAUUUUUCCCAGACAAAUUUGAUUUUUGACGCUAUUUGUUACGAACACUCUCUGUUUCCUAAAGACACACAGUAGUAAAGGAUGCACUCA